UUGGGGCUUGGGCGAUUUCAAAGCAGUGCCACAGGCAUACCAUACAAGAUCCAUGGAAUAAAACCAGGCCUGACCAACAUGUCCGGGGUAUCAGACGGAAAAAAGAAGUGGGCGGCAGUCAGGGGCUGCCUGGGUUCUUCUCAGGACUCGGACACCCAGCAGGAAGCCAACCUGGAGAGCGCCGACCCGGAGCUGUGCAUCAGGCUGCUGCAGGUCCCCACCGUGGUCAACUACUCCGGCCUGAAGCGCCGCCUGGAGGGCAGCGACCAGACAUGGAUGGUCCAGUUCUUGGAGCUGAGCGGGCUGGACCUCCUGCUGGAGGCCCUGGACCGGCUCUCGGGGCGGGGGUGCUCCCGCAUUGCCGACGCCCUCCUGCAGCUCACGUGUGUCAACUGCGUCCGCGCGGUCAUGAACUCCUCAGCGGGGAUCCACUUCAUCAUAGAGAAUGAGGGAUACAUCCGGAAGCUCUCACAAGCUUUGGACACCUCCAACAUUAUGGUGAAGAAGCAGGGAGUGAAGACCCAGCAGUACCGCUUCAGCGUGGUCAUGAACGAGCUGCAGGCCACAGACAACGUGCCCUACAUGGUCACCGUCCUCAGCGUCAUCAACGCUCUCAUCUUUGGCGUGGAUGACCUGAGGCAGAGAGAUAAGAUGAGGAAGGAGUUUAUCGGCCUCCAGUUACUUGACAUUCUCCCAAAGUUAAGGGAGCAGGAGGAUGAAGACUUGAUUAUUCAAUGUGAAGCCUUUGAAGACGCAAUGGCUGAGGAUGACGAAGAGAUUCUGCGAGUAUAUGGCGGCAUUGAUAUGAGCAAUCACUCUGAGGUUUUCACCGCCCUCUUCAACAAGGUGGAGACUGACGUGAGCAGCUCUCCAGCGUCUCUUCAGCUGCUGUCCAUCCUGCAGGCAAUGUUGGAGCUGGGACCAGCUCGCACUGAAAUCUGGCUGGCUCUUGAAGCCAUCACUAGCAGAGCCACCCUGCUCGCCCAGGACUCCCAGAUGGAGUCCUGUGAGAAAAUCAUGCAGCGGCUGCUGUUUUUUAAAGGGAGACGCCGUGAGAGCCGUCAUGAGGUGGACGGGUCUGUAGUUUUGGUUCACAAGGCUGUGCAAACUGACCAGGAGCACCAGGUUGUGGACAAAGUCCCAGCGUCCAGUCAGAAGUCACUGGGUGCUUCCCCUCCUCCUCCUCCUCCGCCUCCUCCACCCUUACCACCACCUCUGCCAUUACCCGGAGGCUUUGGUGGUCCACCUCCUCCACCACCUCCUCCUCCACCUCCUCCAUUACCUGGAAUUCCUCCAUUACCGCCCUCAGGUCAAGGCAUGUGUCCUCCUCCCCCUCCGCCACCCUUACCAGGAAUGCAGGGCGGACCGCCGCCCCCUCCUCCCUUACCCGGCAUGCCCCCGCCCCCGCCGCCCCCCCCGGGCAUGACGGCGUCUCAGAGUUGCCACGUCUUGGGGUGCAGCGCGCCCACAAAGACGGAUCGAUGCCCCACUCUGAAGAUGAAAAAGCUCAACUGGCAGAAACUCCGCGCCGUUACGGAUGGUCCCUCCAUGUGGGCCUCUGUACAGAAAGAGCCGCCUCCUCACCAGCCCGACUACAACAGCAUCGAGCAGCUGUUCUGUUUCCCAGUGGCCAAACCCAAAGACAAGGAAGCAGCUGCUCCUGUCAAGAAGGAGCCUAAAGAGAUAACGUUCAUUGACCCAAAGAAAAACCUGAAUAUGAACAUAUUUCUGAAGCAGUUCAAAUGCACAAAUGAGGACUUUGUAGCUAUGAUCCAGAGCGGAGACCGGACCAGAUUUGACGUAGAAUCGUUAAAACAGCUACUUAAGAUUCUUCCAGAGAGGCACGAGAUUGAGAAUCUGAAGUCUUUCCAAGGAGAAAGAGACAAGCUGGCAAACGUGGACCGCUUCUACACCUCCCUCCUCACUGUGCCGUGUUAUCAGCUGAGGAUUGAGUGCAUGUUGCUGUGCGAGGAGACCGCAUCAACAUUAGAGAUGCUCAAGCCUAAAGUCAAGCUCGUGGAGGAGGCCUGCCAAAAUCUCAGAUUGAGUACGCUCAUGCCCAGUUUCUGCAGGCUCAUCCUUGAUGUGGGAAACUUUCUCAAUUAUGGAAGUCACACAGGGAAUGCUGAGGGCUUCAAAAUUAGCUCUCUGCUCAAGCUCACAGAGACCAAGGCCAACAAGAGCCGCAUCACGCUGCUUCAUCACAUCCUGGAGGAAGCGGAGGCAAACCACCCCGAGCUGUUGGAUCUGCCAGAGGAAAUAGAGAUAUGUCAAAAAGCAGCGGGAGUCAGUCUGAAUUCUAUCCAAUCAGAAAGUGGUGUUUUACUUAAACAACUGAAUGAGGCGGCCAAGAAAAUCUCCAACUCUGUGGACGAGGUGAAAGAGCAAUAUGUAAAAGUUAUUGAGGAAAAUCUGGAGGCAUGUCAAGCUCUAAAUGAACGAUUUGUUGAUAUCGAGCAGAAGAGACUUGACCUGGCUGUCUACUUUUGUGAAGAUGCCCAUAAUCUGUCCCUUGAGGAGCUCUUCGGAACCAUCAGAACUUUUCGAGAACUUUUCAUCAAAGCAUUGAAGGAGAACAAAAUGAGGAAAGAGCAAGCAGCCAAAGCUGAGAAAAGGAAAAAGCAGCUGGCAGAGGAGGAGUCCAAGAGACGGAAAGGAGAAAAUGGAAAAAUAAUUAAAAAGAGCACUGUGCCACAGAACGAUGGUUGCAUCAUCGAUCACCUCCUGGCCGAUAUCAGGAAAGGCUUCAGCUUAAGAAAGACCCGGCCCAGGUGCGAUUCGGAAAGCCUCCCUUCUAGUGAAAUGCAUAGAGAUCCCCUCCCACCUGGGUCAAGUGUGACAUCUGUAGGAGGAGGGGCCGUAGAAGCAGCCAGCUCCUCCACUCCCACCAAACCUCGAGCAGAGGCUCCCCACGGCCUCGCAGGGGAAGUGAACGGCAUCCCCAGCCUGUCGGGAGAGUCUGCCCCGGCACCUAAAGCCGGGGCAGACCAGGGCGGGGAGGAAGCUCCACCUCCUGGAAUUACUCCAGCAGAGCCCACUUCAACACCCCUGGAGAGGCCUGCGUCGCUACAAGAGGGUCAACUCCUGAAGCAACAUGCAACCUUAAAGCAAGACGACGCCCCACUGCCACAUCCCACCAACGGUUUCUCCCCAGAUUCAGCCGAGACGAGCGUCUUCAGCCCGUCCUCCCUCUCAGACUCGGACCUGCUGGAGGCCGCUUUGGCACCAGAGAAUCCGACGGACAUCGACGUGCACGUCCACGUCAGAGAAAGCUCCUCAGCCAGUUUAGACGUCGACAUGAAACUGAGCAGUGACGGCAGUGCAGUGGGAGAUGAGGGCAGUGAAGGCAGCCAUUUGCAACAGCCAGUGGACCCGAAGGUGGGUGGAGAGGAGGGGGGACAAGACGAGGGGACUUGUCGGAGACAUUCAGAUCCUAAAAUGGGUGCGACCGCCCUCGGUGAGGUCAACAGCGGGUUUGACGUCCCAGAUGGUCUGAAGCCGGAAGACCCCCCAUCAGUCCCCGAAGUGGUUCCCCUCUCCCCUAAACCUGAACCAAAGAAACAGCUGAAGCUGUUUAAGCGAAACAAAAAGAAGAGUAAUCCAGGUAAUCUAUCCCCUCACUCAAAUAAAGAUCAUGUUUGGAAUGCUAGUCUCUUCAUGCGUUUUAAAGAGAAAUCCUUAUUUAUUUUGCUGAUAUUGCAUUUUAUAGUCUAUUUUAUAUGCAUGGGGUAUUUUAGGGUAUAUUUUUAA